GAGAGAUGGAACUAAUGAACCCAGCAGCUGCUCAAGAGAGUAGCCACAGCGUCCACAUCACGGGGAGAGGGACGGACUCUGACUCGUUCAUCAGCCACCUCUCCGACGCAUUACGCCGGGUAGGCAUCUCUACUUCCUUAAAUGGGAGUCGGGCGGCACUUUUGGUGAUUGUUUCUUUCAUUAUAGUGAAGGGAAACGAUCCUUGGAGAAAUAAUUUCAUAAGGAUCAUCGACCAGCGGAACGUCGUCCACCUCGAGCGGGAUUCAGCGUUCUGCAACGGCGAUCCUCUUACCGGAAUGGACCAGCGGGCCACCGCCAGCAUAGAGGACAUAACGACAAGGCGCAAUAAGGUACUCACCGACUCCGAACUAUUGGAAGUGGUCGUCAAACAUGUUUAUGGAAAGCUCUAUAGAACAGAACAAGAAGAAGGACUUCACCGUUUGCUCGAAGAAAAAAUCGGUAAAGUUCUAAAGGAAAAGUUUGACAUAAAGAGUUCUUACAUUAUGAGACCGAGCCUUUACAGGGAAAAACUAUGCGAUAAAAGGAUUCUUGUUGUCCUAGAUGAUGUGCGUGAUUCUCUGGCUGCAGAGUCCUUCCUUGCAAAGCUUGAUUGGUUUGGUUCCGGAAGCCUGAUAAUCAUGACCUCGACGGAUAAACAAGUGUUUGCCUUUUGUCAGAUGAAUCAAAUAUAUGAAGUUGAUGGUUUAAAGGACCACGAGGCUCUCCAGUUAUUCUACCAAAACGCUUUUGGGAAAGACGUGAUACAGCAAAACGACAUCGAACUACCAAGGAAGGUGAUUGACUAUGCUAAUGGAAACCCGUUAGCUCUCAGAAUUUAUGGCCAAGAGCUAAUGCGAAAGAAGUCAGAAAUGGAGUCGGCAUUCUUCAAGCUCAAGCAAUGUCCUCCCCAAAAGUUACGCGAUGUGCUAGAAAACGCAUUUAGUUCACUUGAUGACAACGAGAAGAACAUUGUUUUGGACAUUGCUUUUUUCUUCAAGGGAGAAAAUGUCAACCAUGUGGUGCAAAUGCUUGAGGGAUGUCGUUACCUUCCACGCAUUGGAAUAGAUAUUCUUGUGGACAAGUGUGUCUUAACUAUGUCAGAAAACACAGUGCAAAUGAGUAAUCUGAUCCAAGACAUCUGCCAAGAAAUCUUUAAAGGAGGAAUUGAGAACUGCACCAGUUUGUGGGAACCUUAUAGCAUCAGAUGUCUACUAGAAGAUGAUGAUCUUAAAGCAAGUGGAGGAGAAUCUAGUGCAACGCCUAAAUGUGGUUUGGUCGCUGAAGACAUAGAAAGCAUAAUUCUGGACACAUCCAACAUGAAAUUUGGUGUCAAACAUGACGCCUUCAAGAAUAUGCUCAAUCUCAAAUUCCUGAAGAUAUACAAUUCUUGCUCUAAAUAUGUUCCUGGAGGACCUGGACUCAACUUUCCCAAGGGACUUGAUUCUCUGCCUUGUGGGCUAAGGCUCCUCCACUGGGAGAACUAUCUUUUGCAGUACUUGCCUGAAGAUUUUGACCUUGACAACCUUGUUGAACUUUGUCUGCCUUACAGUAAGAUUGAGACACUCUGGGCAAGAACUAAGAACCUUAAGAUAACGAAGAGGAUCAGGUUUCAGACACCCUGGACAGGAACCAAGAACCUUAAGAUGUUGAAGAGGAUCAGGCUUUGUCAUUCUCAGCAGUUAGUUGAAAUUGAUGAUUUACUUCUAGAUGCUAAAAAUAUCGAGUUGAUUGAUCUCCAAGGUUGUACAAGAUUGAAAAGUUUUCCCGACACGAGUGGAUUACAACAUCUCAGAGUUGUAAAUCUCACAGGUUGCACAGAGAUCAAAAGUUUCCAUGGAUCUCCUCCAAAUAUUGAGGAACUACAUCUCCAAGGAACGAGUAUAAGUGAAAUACCAAUAUCCAUUUUGAGCUGCCACUCCCCCCAAAAAACUAAGCUGGACCGACAAAAGCUUUUGAGUCUUCUAGAAAACUUUCAGGAUGUUGAGCAUAUCGACUUGGAGAGUGUAACAGAUCUGGUUAAAGUAAGCUCAUAUAAUCAAGGUUUUGGCAAGCUUGUACACUUGAACAUGAAAGAUUGUUCUCGUUUGAGAAGUCUUCCUGACAUGGUCAAUCUAGAAUCUAUCCAAGUUCUUCUUCUGUCUGGCUGCUCAGAGCUUGAGGAAAUUAAGGGUUUCCCUAAAAAUUUGAGAAAGCUAUAUCUUGGCGGCACCGCAGUACAAGAAGUGCCACAACUUCCCAAAAGUCUAGAACUCUUGAAUGCACAUGGUUGCAAGUAUCUGAAGUCAGUUCGGUUGGAAUUUGAGAAGCUUCCCAGGCACUACAUCUUCAGUAACUGUUAUAACAUUCCCCCACAAGUGAUCGCUGAGUUCUUAGAGAAGGGUCUUACACGAGUAGCAAGUUUAGCAAGAGCAAGACAACAGGAAAUCAUCAAAGCUUCUGAAUUCAGCAUUUGUAUUCCGAUAGGUGGACGUCAAAGACCAUACUUUCGCUUGCAAGCAGGUCCAAAUGUAACUAUAGAUUUAGCUUCUUGGACACGAAAACAUAUCUCUGGGGUUGCUAUGUCAGUUGUGGUGUCAUUCCGGGAUGAUUACCACAAUACCGUAGGUCUUGGGAUUAGGUGCACAUGCACAUGGAAUGCCAGGAACGGCAACUUUAAAGAAACAGAGAGACUAUUUCACUGUUGGGCCAUGACCGAAGCUCCAAAAGCUGAAUGGGAUCACUUAUUUAUCUUCUAUGAUACCGAAAUGAAUCUCACUGGUGAAGAAAACCCCUAUUUGUGGGCUCAUGAAGUCGAAUUUGAAUUCGAGACAGUGAGUUGGGAAAGCAAGGCUAGCUUAGGUGAUAAUUGCAAGGUGGCCUUAUGUGGUGUUGAGAUCAUUAUGGCUCCAACAGAUGAUACAAUAUUAUUACCUAGUGAAAUCACAAGAGAAAGUGAAGCUGAAAGUGCUACUGAGGAGAAUCAUCCUCCAACAUCUUCCAGAAUAGUGGGAGAGUCAAAGAGCCACAGUCCUCUUUCAUCCAGCGAGCCACGUAGUAAGCUGAGAUCUAAGGGAAGUAUGCUUUGGAAGUGGGUGAGGACAAUUAGAAGAGACAAGAAGAAGAAAACGUCAACAGAUCGUGAACAAGUGGCUUUAACAAAUUCCGGCCUCAAGAGUCGAGACCUCCACCGUCUUCUUCCCCGUCGUCCCGCCACGACUCUUAGGGUUUCUUUCGCAGAGUUUAGUCGAAUUGGGAUCCUCUAUUCUCCCUCCAUUCAGAUGUCUGUCACAGCGGGAGUGAGUGAGGCUGCACUUGCUACCAGGGCAAAACUACGAGGUGGGAUCGGACAGACUAAAGUGAAAAGGUAUUGGCCUGGAAAAGCUCCCGAGUGGGCCGAUGAAGCCGAAGAAGAUGAGGAUGUUAGGAUGAAGAAGGUUGAUGUUUUGGAUAGAGCUUUUCCAAAGCAUGAUGAUGAUUUGGGGGUUGCUAGGAAGGAUGAUCCGAGGCUGCGUCGUCUAGCUCAGACCAGGAUUGAAAACCGUGAAGAGGUUAGAGCCGAUCAUCGGCGAGUUAGGCAGGCUGAGAUUAUAUCUACAGAAGAAGAAGAACUGAAGAAUCAAGAGACUAGAGACGAGGAAGAAGACGAAGAUGCCCUGGAAGAAAGAAGAAGAAGAAUCAGAGAAAAAAAUAUCAAAAGGGAGCAAGAGGAAGCUGCUCUGCAUCCUUUAGAAGAUGAAGAAGAGCUACAAGAUGAAGAGGAGGAAGAGGAGUCGUCCGAGUACGAGACUGAUUCAGAGGACGAGAUGCCCGGGAUUACCAUGAUCAAGCCUGUUUUUGUGCCAAAAGCUGAGAGAGACACGGUGGCAGAGCGUGAGCGGCUUGAGGCUGAAGAACUAGCUCUCGAGGAGUUAGCAAGGAAGAAACUGGAGAUGAGAAAAAUAGAGACAAAGCAAAUAGUGGUUGAGGAAGUUAGGAAAGAUGAAGAGAUACGGAAGAACAUUCUAUUGGCGGAAGCGAAUAUCGGAGAUGUGGAAACUGAUGACGAAAUCAAUGAAGCUGAGGAGUACGAAGUCUGGAAGACGAGAGAGAUCGCUAGGAUCAAGAGAGAGCGAGAUGCAAAGGAAGCUAUGUUGAGAGAGAGGGAAGAAGUAGAGAAGCUGAGGAACAUGACAGAGCAGGAGAGGAGAGACUGGGAGAGGAAGAAUCCGAAACCUUCGUCAACUCAACCGAAGAAGAAAUGGAACUUCAUGCAAAAAUACUACCACAAGGGUGCUUUCUUCCAGGCAGAUCCUGAUGACGAGGCAGGUUCUGUUGGAACCGACGGUAUAUUUCAGCGGGACUUCUCUGCUCCUACUGGAGACGAUAGGUUGGACAAAUCGAUUCUGCCCAAAGUCAUGCAGGUCAAGCACUUUGGUCGCAGUGGAAGAACUAAAUGGACUCACCUUGUCAAUGAGGACACAACAGAUUGGAGUAACCCGUGGACUUCCAAUGAUCCUUUACGCGAAAAGUACAACAAGAAAAUGGCAGGCAUGGAUGCUCCUAUUGCAAAACCAAAGGGGAGCAAGAAGAUGAAAGACUGGGAGACCUAAACCGCGCCAACAUUUGAUCCGAGUUUAAGCCAAAACUGAUCCAAAGUGGUACGUUGUAGUAAAAAUGCAUUUGACUCAGUUAUGUCUGAGUACUCUAAAAUCGCAGUAGUUAAUGAUAUUGCUUUGUGACUACCAUAAGCUCGUGGACAAUAUAUAAGACAUCUUGUCCCUUUGUAUCGGAAUAAUUAUGGGAUCAUUCGAAAUAUCGUUCUAUGUUUCUACUUGUAUGACGAAAGCAUCUUUAUUCAGUUAUUUCCAAGGCAGUAGUCUGAUGGUAAUUUCAUUUUCAAGAUA